UAUACUACGCGAGCAAGCAACCUUACAUUUUCUUGUUCUCACUUCCACUCCACUCCUCUCUCUCCACUACUUUCACCAGGCUUUGACGGUUGCGGGUUGAGGUUAGGGAUCGAGAUUUCUACCUGUGGUGAUUGGUGAUUUAUCAGCAGAAAAAUUGAAGUUUUUCCGUUUAUGAAUGGAAAACUGAGAAAACAUUAAUUUUAUUCUAGAAAAAAAAAAAACGUGUUUGUGAUAUUUUGUGGAGAAGACAAUGAAAAAGAUGGGAGACGCCGAUUCACAGCAACUCCAAGAUUACAAGGAAGGCGUAAAACAAGAAGCAGAGGAACUAGUAUUAAAAGAAUUCCCUGAAACCAUUAUGAAACUCAACAAUUUGCUGAAUACUCCGGCAUUCAAAAAUCGCGCUUUCAAGGACUUCCGUCAAGAUCUUGAAAUUCCCAUUCCAGAUCCUAUUCUUGUCACCGCCAAUGAAGUUGAUCCGCCAGCUAAGAGAACGAAAAGGGAGCAAAGUCCGGAAAGCCAUUCUACUGGGGCCAGCGUUAAUAUCUUACCCAUGGGUUCUGUUCCGUGCAAUAAAACUCUGGUGGACCUGAUUAAUAUUGUCAAGCCACAUAUACGAAAACUUGUAGAGGACUCUAACAUGACAAAAAUGUGGAUAUCAUUCAUGAUACCAAAAAUUGAAGAUGGCAAUAAUUUUGGUGUAUCUAUUCAAGAGGAUACACUGGCAGAAGUACAAUCUGUGGAAUCCGAAGCAGCUGGCUUUUUCGACCAACUUUCUAGAUAUUUUAUUGCCAGGGGAAAGCUGGUCUCCAAAGUAGCAAAAUAUCCGCACAUUGAAGACUACCGCGUGGCUGUGCAAGAGUUUGAUGAAAAACAAUACCUCAGCUUGUGGUUGGUCUUGUCAGAGACCCGCAACCGUUACUGCGGUCUACACGACAUCGUCAUGAAGAAUAUCGACAAAAUCAAAAAACCGCGAUCAUCUAUUGCCACGGAAUCAUUGUACUAAUUGUCAAUCCAAAUUAUUUUUUAUAAAUUUUUGUACUCAUAUCUACCUACUUCUUAUGCUACGUAAAAAUUGUUGUUAUUUUCAUAUUUAGUUUGAAAAUGUACUAGACUAUUAUUAGUUCUUUGAAAAUAUACCAAUUGCGUUUGACAUU